AUGGUUGGGACGCGCGGUAGCGCGCCGCGUAAGGAUGUCGCAGCGCUGCCGGAAGCUGAGCGCGGCACGAAGCACUUCCGGUACAUCUUGCCUGGGGGUAAUGCUAACGGCACUGUUGGGAUCGACUUCGUCCUCGGAGAGCAAGCUGUGGUGGACCACGCUACAGAAAUGGUCCGGCAGCAAGCUAUUGACCGAGUCCGCGCCACAGCAGCUACCGAAGCCGCCAAAAAAACUCCAGCAGAACGCCCUUCGAGAUCGUCGUCCAAGUCACCAAUGAGGAAGUCGUCGCCCAAGUCACCCGUGCGGACGACUGGAUCCCAGUCUACAACUUCUGAUACCCCUGCAGAUACGACUCCAAGUGUGCCUAUUCCUCGUGCUUCCGAGGCGUGUACACAACAAGCCCAUACGCCGCCAACUUCCCAGUCUCCAGACGAAUCUAACGUACACCAAUCUACUACCACUGUUACCACUACCGAGGUGACACUCACGAAGACGCCGAUGAAAAAGAAGAAAAGAAAUCUCACGAGCGCGGGUGCCAAGGAACCGGAGAUAGUAGAUUCAUUAGUAUGCGACGAGGAAAGCAAAGCUGGUCCAGACAUCACUGAACUGAUUGAUUUAUCCGGAAAUGAUACGGAUGAUGCGAAUACGUAUCACGACGACGAGCGCAACUACCAAGUACUGGAUUCGGGUGAUGAAUCCGAGGAAGGUGACCUGAAUGAUCUGGACAAGAGUGACUCCGAAGCAUCUGUGUCGGACACUAUUGAUGAGGAUGAUGACGAUGUCUUCUCAACCGAAGAACGCCACUUUGCAGAUCAUUUCUUGGGAAAAUUGGGUGGUGAAGACAAGGUUCUUGCUGGUGAAAUUCUCGGUCCUGCCUUGAAGGAACUAGCAACUACUGGAUGGCAUGAACGGAAAGUCCUGACGUGGAAGAAUUUCUACAGACGCCGUACACUCCGGUUUCAGAUGAUGAUGAAUAUCCUGAUCUCCUGA